GACAGCACGGCAACAGGAGCGUCAACCACUUGUCGAUGUCAACGUGCAUGAAUGGAGCACUGUUGAUUUUUACGCUUUUACUACUCUGCGGUGAGUCAGUUCCCUGAAGCUUAAUUUGUUUUGUAACGAACGAUGGCUGAAAAGGUCAGCGAACGGCCCCUACAUGACAUCCUGGAAGGGUUAUUUAUAGAACAGAAGCAGGACAUUGACCUUUUGACCCGAGGUCACCUAAACCACAAUCGGUUAUGGAAGCCCCCGGACAAGGCCACCCACACACCAUGGCAGAGCUCGGGAAAAGAAGUUCCGUUGCUAUACGAGCCCUCGAAACUACCGUCCCCACGCCGCUCCACGGACCACCACGAUCAGAUGAGGGACGCUGUAUACAACUUCGGCGUUGGGACAUCGGGGAGCGUUCACGUCCCGCCGAAACACAAGUCAGUCAAAAAAACACAGGAGGCUCCUUUGCGGAAAAAGAGCCCUAGACCAAUUCCUCCGAUUCCUCAAGCGAGUCCUGAUAAAUCGUUACAAACCGAGCAGAGACCGAACACGGUGGCAUCGUACGUCAGCGAUAGCGUUUACGUGGAAGAAUUAAGACUGCCAGAGCUCAUGCUCCCCGGCGCGAGACCGAAAACUCCGCUCCGGACCGGUUCGCCCAAAUCCCUCGCCCCUCUGAACGCAGAUGCCAAGAAAUCCGCCAAUGCGCCCCCUCCCCCGCCAACGAAGCACCAGUUCUACGAGAGCCACCUAGGCGGGGUGACCAAAAAGGAACAAUUUGAACGAUUCCUGGACUUUCAGAAGAACGUGAUGAAGACACCGGAGAUGUAUGAAAGGAACGUACUGUCGGGACGGAAGAUAGCUGAACCUUUGGAGAGGAAACUGAAGGAGGAUUUGAUGCAAUUGGACGAUGCCCAUCGUUUGUCGGGUCCCAACUUUCAACGUCUUCAAGUUUACAGCAACAUCUGGGAUGAUCUGAUAAAGGCUUCGCCGGAUUUUGGGGAGGCCCUAGCCUACAUCAAGAAUGGCUACGAGGAGUACAUGGGUUCCCUGCUGGACAGCCAGAGUCAGACCCAGAGCCAGGUCUUGGCCCAGCAGGUGGAGAGCCUGGCCAGCGGGACCCCCAUCGCCCCGGGGGAGGUGAACCGGGCACGGGAGGAGGUCCAACAACUGGAGGCGAAGGCUAAGGAACUGCUGGAGGAGAACGACAGAUUAAGAAAAGAAGUGCGAGAAGAGCGGGAAGCUCUGGCCAACAUGCCCACCCCGGAGCCAGAAACGGCGACUCAGAAGGCAUUGCGUGACUCCCGGCAGCACCGCGAAGAAAAACCCAAGGGCAUCGCGGAGCAGAUCUUAGAGCUCCACGCCGGCAUCCUUACCCAGAUGGACGAGUUGCAAGACCUACGCCAGGAUCUUAAGGAGAACUACGUUCCCAUCUCAGUCGUCCAACACCUGGACCAGUGCGUGAGAGACACAGAAGCUGAUGUCUUAAAAGUCCUCAGCACCAACGAGUAUCUGGAGAAGACGAUCCAGCAACUGGAAGCAGACCUGGAGAAAAUAAUGCAGAAAACUAACACGGAUCCCGAAGAAUCCAGAAAAAUCUGGAACAGUAUUAACAUGUUAUCGGCUCCGCCGACCCUCGGCGAUGACUAGAGACCUUGGUUUGUACACAGAUCUCUGUUGUCCAAUUAAAGCGUUGAGCUGUCUGCGUCAAAGAAAGAGAUCGAUUUUUUCUUCAUCCCUGUCAAGGGUGUAAUUUUGUCGGCAAAUCUCCCGGUCGGUCCUGGUUUAUUUUUUUCAUUCAUCACCUUGGCAGGGAGGAUUUGCUUAUUGUCUUGUCCUAGAGGCAUAGUUUACCAAUCUGAUUAUCGGGGGAAUGGGAGCAGAAAAUUGAAGGAAGUCGGGUCUUCCAUCAUCCCGUCAAUUUCUCUGGCCUUCGGAAGUAAUUUGCCGACCUGAUGUAAAUAGAUGGAAUGGGAGCAGAUAAUUAAAACUGUCAAUCUUUCAUCAAUUCUCCAUACUAGUUACUCCCCUGGGGGGAAGGAGGAGGGGCUACCCCCUGCGGGAAGGGGGGA